UUGCAGGAGGGGCCGGUGCGGCGGCGCUCGGCGGUAGAGGUCGAGGCGGGUGAUAUGCAAGCGGCGCCGGCGCGCUACGUGUCCGCGAGCGAGCUGUACUCGACCGACGAAGUGGAGCUGCUGUUGGAGGAGAUCCGCGAGCUGGAGCCCACGAGCUGCCGCGGCGAAGACGUGCAGGACUUCGAGAUCGCGGGCAGCGGGUGUGCGGGCGCGGGCGGCCGCUCGCCCGCCGGCACCGAGCUCACGGACCGCUCGUGGGACUCGCACGCGCACUACUCGCGCGCGCCGCCGCCGCGCCCGCGGGCCCUCGCCCCCGUCUACUGCCAUCUGUCUUACCUCUGCACGGCCAACGGAGCCCUGACUCUUAUACUUGUUUUGUGUUCCUUUACUGUGUGUGUGUGUCUGUGGGGUGCUCUGGGUCUGCGGCUGGCGUCUGCCGCUAAGCCACUUCUGUUUGGAGCCCUGACAACCUUCAUGCUCCAAACACUCCGUCUCCUCAUGCAUAUAUCACUCCUAGAUGCCUUGCUACCCGUCGAUUGGAAUAGAAUAGGUGGUGUAUCGUUCACAUGGAGCGCGUGUUGGUUGCUGGGCGGCUCUCUGUCCCUGCUGCUGGCCCUCACGCCGCCCGCCGCCCUCUCAGUCACAGCCAACAUGCUGUACACAGCCGCUGGUGUGGGUGUGAACGCGGGCUGCGUGUCCGUGGGCGGGCUGGCGGUGUCUCUCCGCGCGGGGUGCCUGCGGCGCGGUGCCCGCGGCCGUCGCUCCAGCGGCCGCUCGUGUUCGUCUACCCGGGCCGCGUACCGAGCCGUGCCCGCCGCGCCCCCCGCCCCGCAGCCCUCCACGUCCCGCGACCCUCCCUUAUAG